GACAGUAUCCAUCGUAAAAGAAACAUUGUGGUGUAUCCUCAUAACCUAUAUUGUGCUUGCCUCGUGAUCUAUAAUAAAGAGGAAGGUUUUGAACUUAAUUAUAAGUGUUCUGUGCAACUACUAUAAUGGGUAAAGUGCGGUCCGCAACCGGGGCUCCCCGGAAGCAGGGGUUCAACAAGUCUGGGCACUCUAUGAACCCCGACAGACCUACGGAAGGAUUGAAGGGUGUCGGUAAUCCCAGAACCAAAGGCACCAUCAAAAGGUUGCAGAUGUACCGUAAUUUUAAAGCUAAAAGGGAUAAAACUGGAAAAAUCUUGAGUCCAGCGCCAUUUCAAGGCUGGCUACCGUCGGGUACUCGGGCUCGCGUCGAACCUAACCAAAAGUGGUUCGGCAACUCUCGGGUCAUCUCACAGAACGCUCUGCAGAAGUUUCAAGAGGAGUUUGGAGCUGCAGUUAAAAAUCCGUACCAAGUUGUCAUGAAGCCUACUAAUUUACCAAUCACAUUACUCAAUGAAAAGGCCAAGCAAGCCAGAGUACAUUUGUUAGACACUGAAGGCUUUGAUAAAACAUUUGGCCCUAAGAAACAGAGGAAACGUGUGAAUCUUAAGUUUGGUGACCUAGAUUCACUGUCAAAGGCCGUUGAAGAGAAUACUGAGAAUUAUGACGAGAGCAAAGAUAUAGAUAGGGUGCGAGAAGACACGGGUGUUAGAGAGGGACAGAGGGAUUGGGUGUUUGGAGCCGGUAUGAGCAAGAGAAUUUGGAAUGAGCUGUACAAAGUAAUUGAUUCAUCUGAUGUGUUGUUGCAAGUUUUAGAUGCCCGUGACCCGAUGGGGACUAGGAGUCCCUUUGUUGAGAACUUCCUGAAAAAAGAAAAGGCUCACAAACACUUAAUUUUCAUCUUGAACAAAGUAGAUUUAGUGCCUAAUUGGGUAACACAGAGAUGGGUGGCUAUUCUCAGUGCAGAAUAUCCAACGAUAGCUUUCCAUUCAUCGUUGACGCAUCCCUUUGGUAAAGGUUCACUGAUCAAUUUAUUACGACAGUUUGCCAAGUUGCACAUUGACAAGAAGCAGAUCAGUGUUGGACUAAUUGGCUAUCCUAAUGUUGGGAAAUCUUCUGUAAUCAAUACCUUGCGAUCGAAAAAAGUGUGCAAAGUAGCUCCCAUAGCCGGUGAAACUAAAGUGUGGCAGUACAUCACACUAAUGAGGAGGAUAUUCCUGAUUGAUUGUCCCGGAGUAGUUUAUCCAUCAGCUGAAACAGACACAGAAAAGGUAUUGAAAGGUGUUGUUCGAGUGGAACUGGUACAAAACCCUGAAGAUUACAUUGAAGAGGUUCUUAAAAGGGUAAGGAAGGAAUAUUUGAUAAAGACUUACAAAGUUGAUGGUUGGGAGACGGCAACAGAGUUUUUAGAAAAGAUGGCUGCCAGGACGGGCAAGUUAUUGAAGAAAGGAGAGCCUGAUGUCAACCAAGUUGCAAGGAUGGUACUUAAUGACUGGCAAAGAGGCAAGUUACCGUUUUAUGUUGCUCCUGAAGGAUUUGAAGUUCCUCUGUCAAAGCAGCCUAACAAUGAAGCACCCAAAGAGAACCCUACAGUUGCAGAAAAGAAGCCUGAAGAUAAUACUGCAGAAGUAGCUUCUGAGCCUAAAGACAAUGAGAAGGAAAAUGAAGAAAAGAGUGUAAUUUCUGUAAAUAAUUUGAUUAUAGCACAAGACUUUGCCAAAAUUCGAGUGGGUCUUAAAUUUGAUAAUGAUGAAGAUGUAAAACCACUUGAAGCUGUAGAAAUUCCUGAAGAACUCAAAGAUAUUGAUGCUAAAAGUGACAAUGAAGAAUCACAAGAUGGUGAAGAACAAUCUCAAGAGAAAGAUGAUGGUGAUGAUUCUUCUGACAUUAGUGACUUUUACAGUAAUGAUGAAAAGGAUAUAAGUGAUGUUGAAGAUUAUUUGACUAAUGACCCAGAAACAGUGAAAGAGAUGAGGCGUAAGAAGCUUGAAGCAGCAAGUGGUGCUUUUACAGUGGAAGAAGUUGGAAAAGCAGGCAAGAAACGCAAGGGAGCACAAAAUGAUGUCACUGCAAAGAAGAAGAAAAUCACUGCCAAGGAAAGACGCGCUCUCGACAGAGCUCAACGCCGAACUAAGACAGGAAGCAACUUUUAUGAAGUCUCUAAUAUGUCGUCCGGAAGUGACAGUGAUGAAGAAUACGUACCAGGUGAACCUGAACAGGUUUCCGAAGAAGGCUCUGCUGAUGAAGAGACUGAUCUACAAUACGAAAAAGAACAAGAAAUCAAGACUAAGAAACGAAAAGCGGCACAAGAAAGCAACAGUAAAAAGAAAAGGAGAACUAGAAAUACCGUAAAAGAGCCCACACCUGAACCGGAAAAGGAACCAGAGACAAAUCUAGAUCCUGUAGAAGAGAAGAAAAGAGAAGAAGAUCUAUGGGCUAAAUUCUUAGCAGGCACAGGAUCCGCUUCUAAAGCUCCUGUGAAAGAAACACCAGUGAAACACGCAGAAAAAAGUGAAACACCUAAUAAAGUGGAGAAUCCUAAAGCACAAGCUAAAACAAGUAGUAUUCAAGAUGAGAUUAAAGCUAGAGAGCAGAGGAUAUUCCAAUUUGCCGGCGAAACUAUUGUUGUUGAAAACAAUAUCAUCAAAGAGAAAAUUAAAACUGCAGAAGCUCCUGCUACAGUGAGCAAAAUCAUCCCGCAACGGAGCCGCGGCUCGAGCGGCCUGGCCGACGUACUCGGACAACUCAACAAGAAGAACAGUCUGUCAACGCUCGAGAAGUCUAAAUUAGACUGGGAGACGUACAAGAAAGACCAGGACAUCAAUGAAGAGAUACAGAGUCACAAUAAGGGGAAAAAUGGUUACCUGGACCGCCAAGACUUCUUGGAGCGCGCGGACCACCGCCAGUACGAGAUCGAGCGCGACAUGCGCCUCAGCCGCCGCAGCAACCGAUAAUUGCAUGCCAUUAUACCUGAUUACCUGA